AACACAGAAAUUUCUGACGCAGCCACCUACUUCUGCAUGAGUAGUAAUUUGUACAAGCUUGAUUUUUUGGAAGUUGUUACUGUGGAUGUAGACGGUGCUGGAUUUCAUUUUGCAACUUUGGACUAUGAACUGACAGUGGAGAAUUCCAGUGUUCAACGAGUCUCUGAGUUGAGUUGUAUCUUCAACAACGGAAUAUGUGAAGAAAAACACCAAGUCUACUGGUUUAAUACUUUGUAUGAGUCUGCAAAAGGGAUUCUUUACAGUCAUGGAGGCAGCAGUGAUCAGUGUGAGGGGAGGAUGGACAGUUCAACAAAGUCCUGUGUCUACGACCUUCCUGUACGCAGUGACAGCGCAGACAGUAAUUUGGAAAAAUGUGCUGUGGCAUCAUGCGGGAAACUGCUCUUUGGGACUAAAAGCAAAUGGGACUCUGAAGACAAGUCCACGCCCUCAGUACUGGUACAAGUCUUGAGUGGAGCUUUGGUGGGGACUUUAAUCCUGUGUGUGUUACUUUCACUGGUGAUUUACAACAUCAAGAAGAAAUCACAACCUACAGUGACCACAGAGAAUGAAGAGGACAUCCACUAUGCGGCCUUAAAGCAUCAGAGCUCCAGCAGACCGAAAAGUCACGCCGACAGCACCAACACCGAAUGUGUUUACUCUGGGGUUCGACUGUAGAAAGUGACAUUCAGCGGCGUCGCUCUGCACACGCACAUUAUGCCCAGUGCGUAGGGCACCACAAAAAAUCAGGCUCAUGAAUACCCCCUUGGUCCUUCUGUACAAUCCUGUGAUUUUAAAUGUGUGGUUUGCAUGUAAAUAUGUUUUAAAAGAGUAAAAAAAAAAUUAACUUGAAUGUACUUGUGCAAAAUGUUGUCAAUAAUAUGUCCUCCUCCUGUCUCCUGUCUCUCCAUGGACACUGCUGCGAUGCUGCAGGACACAGAGGACACAGAGGAGGGACACUUUUGUCCUUAGGACUGCUAUUCUUUAAUCUGCUAACCCUGCCUGUUAAGUUACAUUGACACUUUUGUUUGAGCUUUUCUAUUAUUAUUGUAUUUUACUGCUCUAUGUACUUAAAGUGAUUUGGUGAUUUUGAUUUGAUCUGACUGAGUUACUCUUUUACCUUGUAAAAAUAAGUCCUUUUUUUGAAACAUGAACAGAA